AUGAAACUAGAUUCGUGUCUCAAGUAUAACGCGCCUAUCGUGUUUACUACUAACAACGAAACACACACGAACUCCUUUUGGCUCGUCAAUAUGGGGUGUUCUGGGCCACGAAGCGUGAAUUUCUGUAGCUUCUAUUUCGUGUUUUACAAUAUCUCAAAGUAA